AGUAAAUACAGUAUUUAAAAUAAAAUUACAGUCAUGAAAUUUGGAAGAUAGUCAGAGGUGACGCACGUUGCGGUUCGGUGCCGUCGCGUAGAGCGCGCCAUGUCGCCAGAUACAGGUACAGCUCAACUAGCAAGUAGCAAGCAGGGUUUUUUCGGCCAGGUCCAACGUCCAACGGCCACUCAGACUCGCUCUCCAACCUCCACCAACUGACAGACGAACUUCUCGCCAAGGAAACUCAAUUUGAGCUACGAUGGCCGAGCUUUUGGCCCUACCUUUGAAAAAGCCCACGGACGUGGAUAUGGUGAAGCCACUGACGAACCUCAUCUCGACUGCGUACAACACGGCCGACAAGCCAGACCAGUACAAUGAACAAAUCAAAGAAUUCUCGAAGUUGAGGUCAAGCGCCGUUUGGAAGUCACUUGAAAAGUUCGAGACCUCGUUGGAAGUGAUUUACAGGUAUUAUGACCAGCUGCAUGCGCUUGAGACUAAAAUCCCUCCCACAGACGUUCAAAUACCGUUUAAAUGGAAAGAUGCCUUCAACAAAGGGAGUUUGUUUGGGGGAAGAGUUAGCCUUACACUUCCAUCACUUUCAUAUGAAAAAGUCUGUGUUUUGUACAAUAUUGCUGCUCUCCAGAGCUCCAUUGCAGCUAGUCAAUCACUGGAAAGUGACGAAGGACUUAAACUCGCUGCCAAACUUUUUCAGCAAGCAUCUGGCAUUUUGAGUCACCUAAAGAAUUCAGUAAUUGCAGCCAUACAGGUGGAUCCAACUUCUGAUCUUAAUCCAGAAACCCUCGCAGCACUUUCCUCUCUUCUUCUUGCCCAGGCUCAAGAAGUCUUUGUUAUGAAAGCAAUCCAUGAUUCGAUGAAGGAGGCUGUUGUAGCAAAGCUGUGUGCUCAGUGCACAGAAUUUUACGCUGAUACAAUGGUGCUCUUGCAGAAAGAUGGAGUUAGAAACAUUGUUGAAAAAGACUGGAUCCCUUUGGUAGCAGGAAAGCAAGCUGCCUUUAUCGGAUUGGCACAUUAUUUCCAAAGUAUAGUUUGCAAAGGUGAAAAAUUAGUGGGGGAAGAGAUAGCAAGACUGCAAAGAGCAGUCGAGCUACUGAAGUGUGCCCAGCAGAGAUCAGGUCAUCCAAACAUGUUCAACGAUUAUGUCUCUAAAGCAGAAAGAGCUUUGGCUGCCGCUACAAAAGACAAUGAUUUUAUUUAUCAUGACCGAAUCCCUGAUUUGAAACAAUUGGCACCAAUUCAAAGGGCAGCAUUAGCAAAACAAAUUCCUCUACCUUCCCAGUUAUCUUCUCAUUUCAAAGACUUGUUUGAGGGGCUGGUUCCACUUCCAGUUCAUCAGGCCUUAGCUGCAUAUGAAAUUAGAAAAGCCGAACUCGUUAAUAGGGAAAUCAGCGAAUUGAGAACAGCUACGCAGUUGUUGAACAGUGUACUUUCUUCAUUGAAUUUACCUGCUGCUCUGGAAGAAAGCUCGGGUGAAACGGUUCCUCAAUCUCUCAUCGAAAAAUCAAACAAUGUUAUACAAAAAGGAGGAAUAGAAAUGCUUGAAAAGAAGUUAAACGAACUCCCGCAACUCUUACAAAGAAACAAUGAUAUUUUAAUGGAGACUCAAAGAGCUCUUGAUGAAGAGCAAGCUACUGAUUUAAAGCUAAAAGAACAAUUUAAAGAGAAAUGGAACCGAGUACCUUCUGAACGUCUAACAAAAGUUUGUUAUGACUCAAUAAACAAAUAUAGGGAAUUAAUCAAAUGUGCUGUAGAUGCUGAUCAGAAAGUAAAUGAUAAAUUUCAACAAAACAAGAAAGGAAUCAUUCUGUUGAGCGGUGGGGUUGAGAAGAUGAAAGAACGUUUGCCUCAGCCUGGAUGGUGCAAUAAGGACACACCAGCAUGCCUGAGAUUAAAACAACUCAUGGAAGAAGUAGAGACAAUGAAGGCGGAAAGGGACGUGAUUGAAAUGGAAUUGAAAUCAACGAUGACAGAUCUAAAAGAUGUGUUUUUAGCCUCCCUGGCAGACCAAGGUCAUAUAAACGAGCCCGCAGUUUCUACAGAAACACUUGGUAAAGCAUACGGCCCUCUGCAGCAGAAUGUCAAAGACAGCAUCAACAAACAACAGACACUUUUGCAACAAAUACAAGAAACAAACACAGAAUUUACAGCGGAAAGGGGAAGAGAUGGCACAAUUAAGACAGAAAGGGAGGAAAUGCUCAAGGAAUUGGCCAACGCCCAUGAUACGUUUGAUGAACUCGAAAAACUCCUUGCAGAAGGGAUGAAAUUUUAUAACGACAUGACCGAACAUUUGGUCACUUUACAAAACAAAACAAUGGACUACUGUUUUGCAAGAAAUACUGAAAAAGAAGAAUUACUGAAAGAUAUAACUAAGUCACUUUCGCAGCUACACCCAGACUCAACUGGCAGUUUUCGUCAAUCAGCAGAAACGAAGAAAGAACCACCCGCGAGGCCUCCGCCACCUCAAACAUCUGCUAAUCCAUCACAAGGACAGCAGUUACCAUAUCCUGUACAGCCAGGACAAAUGCCAAUGCCUUAUGCACUUGCGCCUGUGGCACCAUACCCGCCACAGUUUAUGGCUCCUAUGCCAGUCGGUUACAACCCUUAUGCUACAAUCGCAAGCUAUACUCCAAAUUAUUUUCAGCAGUAUUCGCAACCACAAACUGGUGCACCCGGAUACAAUCAAGGACAGGUACCAUACCAACAUUUCGGUACUUACCCAGGAGCAGGUGGAUACCAACAACAGCCUUCAAAUCAGCCACCUCAAUGGUGAAACAGUUUCAUCGCAUCUCUAAAAAGCUAAAUAUAUUUUAAGAAAGUCUUUUGUAUAUAUGCCAUGAAAUGAUAAAGUAAACAAAUAUAACCAGCCAUCAUAAAACAUCUGUAUAUUUUUUGCUAUAUAUUAAUUUUGCUAAUAGUUCUAUCACCAUAUCGUAACUUUUCUUUAUCAUCUAUUAUCAGUUAUAAUUAUGUUAUUACUUAAGUAUUAUAAUUUUUUAGAAUUAAAAAUGUAUAGUGUUGUAAUUUUUCAUCAAUUUACAUUUAAUAGUAAGUUUUAUAAUUGGACUGUAAGAUGAUCAUGGUUUUUUAAAGUUGUUGUACAAGCAAAAAGAAAAAGAGUGCCUAAUAAAAUGUUAUAUUAUA